UAAAGCGGCGUUGUUUAUCCAAAGAAGGUGGGUUGGACAUAGGCUGAAUUCUACGCCAAACUUUCCUAAACUUCUCCUUCCUCCCCCUCUUCACAAAACUUAGCAGCCGCGUUCAGUCUAGUGCCACAGUUUCACCCUCACAGCACCGCCGACCAAGGUCAGCGACGGUGGCCGCCCACAGGAUCUGUCAACGCGGCAGCAAACCUCCGCGGACCCCGGCAACUUUUUUUUUUUCUUUUUGGUUUGUUUGUUUGAACAUGGGAGUUGGACUCAGUGGCUGAACAAACCACAGUCCACCGACCACGGAUGGAGGAAGCCCCGGUAGCCCAGGAGUGAACGAGGCAAACAAACGUUAACCCCAACGUCAAGUUUGUGAACGUUAAACGAAGUGACACCAUGUUGGGAAACCCGGGGACUUAUGCUAACAAGAAGAGGAAGAAGCCUGUUCUCAAACAGCCCCACAGAAAGAAAGUCUCUGAAGGCAAUGAAGUUGUUAAAUCAAACCCUUCAAAGCGACACCGGGAUCGGCUGAACGGGGAGCUGGACCGCCUGACGGAUCUCCUGCCCUUUUCCGAGGAUGUCCGCUCUCGUCUGGACAAGCUGUCAGUCCUUCGCCUCAGUGUGGGAUACCUGAGGGUCAAGAGCUACUUCAAAGCGACCACGAAGAACAGCGGCAGCAGUCUGACGUUUCCUGGACUGAACGGACACAACGGGAACAAUGUGGACACGGCGGGCUUCUCUGAAGGGGACCUGCUGCUCCAGGCGCUGAACGGGUUUGUGAUGGUGGUCACGUCGGAGGGAUUGGUGUUUUAUACCUCUCCCACGAUCAAGGACUACCUGGGCUUCCAUCAGUCAGAUGUGGUUCACCAGAGCGUGUUUGAGCUCAUCCAUACUGACGACCGAACCAUGUUCAGACAGCAGCUCCACUUUGCUCUAAACCCCCCGUCUGUUGACCUGGAUGGAGACGUCCUGCAGAGUUGUGGUAACACAGUGAUGUACAGUCCGGAGCAGCUCCCCCCAGAGAACUCUUCCUUCCUGGAGAGGGGCUUCGUGUGUCGCUUCCGCUGCCUCCUGGACAACUCCUCUGGCUUCCUGGCUCUGAAAUUCCAGGGGCGACUGAAGUACCUCCACGGCCAGAGUGUUUUGAGGGACAACAGGACAUGUAACAAACCUCAGCUGGCACUGUUCACCAUCGCUAUGCCUGUUCAGCCUCCGUCGAUUGUGGAGAUCAGAGCGAAAAUGCUCCUCUUUCAAACCAAGCACAAGCUGGACUUCACACCCACGGCCAUCGAUAGCAGGGGGAAGAUCGUUCUGGGCUACUCAGAGACUGAACUGUGUAUGAAAGGCUCCGGCUACCAGUUCAUCCACGCAGCUGAUAUGAUGUACUGCGCCGACAACCACAUCCGCAUGAUUAAAACAGGAGAGAGCGGGAUGACUGUCUUCAGGCUCCUGAGUAAGUCCAGUGGCUGGGUGUGGGUGAAGGCCAACGCCAAGCUGAUCUACAAAGGAGGACGACCUGAUUUUAUCAUCGCGUAUCAGAAAGUUUUAGUCAACACGGAGGGUGAGGACCAUCUGCGCCAGAGGAGGCUGCAGGUUCCCUUCAACUUCACCACAGGAGAGGGCGUCCUCUACAACACCGGCCCCAACAUGGACGUCACACAGCUUCAGUUCAACAAAAUGUAUAGCAACAAUGACGUGAACAAGGAUGAGACCCCCCGCUCUUUGCUGGACUGCUUCCUGAGGCAGGAUGAAACAGCCUACACCCAGACAGUGGACCCGCCCUUACCUGUGGAUCAGGUGUUCAUGGACACCCGGGCCCUGGUCAGCAUUGCCAGUGACACGUGGCAGGAAAAUGGAGCUCUGGUCACCACAGGCGACCCUGCUGUGAUGAAAGACGAGGCCAAGCAGUCGGUGAUGGCCGUGAUUGACAACUUUGAGAAAAUGGCUCAAAAUGGCGACUUCAGUGCAGCGCUGCAGAAUCUGGAGAUGGACGACGCGGAGCUGAUCGAGUGGGAAAACGCUCUCAGGAGAGUAAGUCAGGAGGAGGAUCACCAGAACAGUGUCAGGUCUGAGCUGGACGGCAUCCUCACAAAUGACAUAUUUGAUUACAUUGAUACGGUUUUGUUCAAGGAGAAGGGACAGGACUGUCUGAACUCCAGCCCCCCCUCCUGCCUCACAGCUGGCAACAAUAACCAGCACGACCCCUUCACUCAGGCUGCCCACUUCUCAGCCACUCAGCUCUGUGAGCCGCAGUUGUUUCCAACACCGAGCCCCGAUCAGACUUUCUCUCCCAUGAAUGGAGUCUAUGCCCACCAGCAGGAUACAGGGCAGGGCUUAUUAGAGUCUCAGAUAUUCAGUAGCACCCAGAAACUCUCCCACCAAGGUCCCCUAAUUGCUCCUGCUGACACCAACCUGCCCCCUCUUCAGCAGCUGCAGCUCCAGGACAUUUUCAGUCCUUCGAUAGAGCUCCCGGAGCUCGCUCUCCCCGGCGCCUCGGCUGAUGAUCCCUUAGCCCCUUUUCAGUCCUGUGGGCAGGUUCCCAUCAGCCACUUGGGCUGCCCUCAGGGGAUUUCUGGACAGACGCAGUCCAGCCAACGUCUGCUGUGUCCUCAAAACAACUUGCAAGCUCCUGCAAUGGCAGCAAACGGACAGCUGCUGCAGAGCUCUGUUAAACAACCAAACAAUCUAACACCUGGCGUAAUGGACAUUUUGCCACCGCUGAUUCCUUGUAAUGACUUAAGUUCCUCUACUACUCCUAAUAUUCCCAUUCCCUUUGCCACAGCUUGUCUGCAGGGAAGCUCCCCUAUGGAAACACACAACCACCAGCUUCAGCAGUGGCCGCAGAGCCAGCAACAGAAGCUGCCUCACGCUGGCAUCAUGCAGAACGGACAUGAGCCGAUGCCAGCGUGUCAUAGCCAAACUUCAGAAAGCCAAACAUUCCCACACACUGGCCUUUGGCCAAGGAGUGUCACCAGACUGAACCACACUCAGCAGGGGGGGCUGGCAUGUGGCCAGGCAGCUACUCACAGCAGCUGCAUGUUCGACCAGCACUUUUCUUCCAGUCCAGCAGGGGGCGACAUGCUGGCUCUCUCUGGGUCCUCCGGCCUGAGAGAGGCGGACACGUCCAUGGAGCAGACUCUGCAGGGUUCCUGCUGCUUCCAGUGGCGGCGCUGUGAGCCUGUGGCGGGCACAUCAGCCAUGAACCAGGAGAACGGCAACAUCAUGUUCCCCUCAGAGCACACACUCAACAUUCAGCACUACCUGGACAACAGACAGACACAGCAGGAUUAAAGACUUUCAGCUGAACUCCUGCUCGAGAUGCAGCCGCGCACCUGACGGAGCAGAGCCGAGUCCUGUCGUCACUGCUGCUGCAGCAGAAGGACAAAACACAGUAUAGUUUGCCUGUAUCAGUGCUUAUCCUCAGACGCUUAUUGUUUUGUAUCACUCUCUGUCAUAUUUACUUCGUCCAGUCUGUACAAUGUUUAAAUGCUGUUGCUCGUCAGUUCCUAGUGAAGAUACACUAUAAUAAUAAUGAUAAUAAUAAUAAUGAUGAUAAUAAUGAAGUAUAAAGCCGCGAGUGCGUGUGACAGGAUGGAGCUUGAGCCGGCUAUGAGGCCCGGUCAGGUGAAUCCAAAGAGCCAAAGAAAUAUGUUUUUAUAAGGGAAACCUUCAGCCAGGGUCAUCCAUUUAUUUCCCAGAUUUAGAUACAAAAAAGAAAAAACUGAAUAAUAGAAUCAGUCUAAACUUUGACGCUGACAAAUAGAGACUUUUUUAAAUGGAAGUUGUCAUUAUCAAUGUAAAAAUGAGCAUAAAGAAUCCUUGAAAAACACAGCAGUGCCAUCAAAUUCAUAAUAUUGCAGAUAAUAAUCUGUAUAUUUUAAAUGAAAUCCUUAAAUGAGUUUGAUGUAAGUGUAUAAAUCCAAUCUAUAAUUAUACUGUAUAUCAUAUUUGUUUCACUAGAAGGUCUCGUAUGUACAGAACGCAUCAACGCCUGAUACAUGUGUUUAUCUGUGUGCAGUAUAAAUGGAGAAAACAGAGUCAGAGACCAACAGUUAACACGUCAGGAAACAACAAAAACCUUGGUUGGCAGCAGACUUCCCAAACUCUGAGGGUCAGGUUUACUCUGCUUGCUGCAACUGUCAGGGAUGAAACAUUCUGAUUCACUGCGUUAUUAUUUCCAUUUCAGUGAAGUAUUUACUAAAACUGAAAAUAAGCAAUCGCUGCAGUCGAGUUUAUUUGAUUGCACUGCUGCUAAUUAAGACCUGUACUUGUUUUGUUGUGUUCUGUAAAGCAAUGCUGCGAAUGCAUACAGUAAGUCCUGCGCCAGUUAGCUCUGAGAAAUCAGCCCGUUAAGAAUCACGUAAUCUGUAAUCAGAUUUAUACUGAGACUCGCACUGGUCUGCACCUCGCUGUGUGUGUGUGUGUGUGUGUGUGUGUGUGUGUGUGUGUGUGUGUGUGUGUGUGUGUGUGUGUGUGUGUGUGUGUGUGUGUGUGUGUGUUCUCAACUGAAACUGAAGAAACCAGUUCACAUGUUUUAGAUCAGCGAUCAUGCAUUUAUCUCAACAAAAUGCUCAGUGAUGGCAGUAGAUGCUCGUAUGGUCUCAAAGAAAACACUGAUGAGGUUUUCGGGCUUGUUGAUGAAAGCUGUGUCCACAUUCAGGGGUCACCUCUUUUGAAUGAUGCAACCAGCAAAAGUGGGUUCAUUCUAACAGUUACACACAACGUAUGGUGCGUUCAGGCACUCUUGUAAUUUAGAACCUUCAAAUUUCUCACCGCAGGCCCUCAAAUGGAAAAUGAAGUGAUAAAACCCAGUGGUCAAAUUAACUGGCAGGCGUUCAGUGACACCUGGUUUUAUAGUACAAGUUUCCGUAAAAACAUAUGUGUGAAGUGGUGAACAAUGUAGCAGCUUAGAGAUAAUAUAUUAUAAGUAUAUAAUAAGGAUUUUUCACUCGAUUACUUUUAUUUCAUUGUUGUACAUCAUGUGAUGUAUUUUCCAAUCACCUAUAACCAACAGAGUGCCGAUACGUGAUAAAUAAAAUGUGUAACUGACUUUACAAUAUUGAGGACAGCCUGAAUCCACUGUCCAACAAAUGAUGGAUAGACUUCUUUGACUAGUCAGCCUGUUAUGUUGUUGACUUCAAAGGAUGAAUCCCUGAACCGUGACACAGCCGAUAAAUAAAAACCGCCUCCGUACACACAACUCUGCUGCAAGUUUUACACCUGCUUCUCAGAGGCACUCAGGCAAAAGAUGCAGGUGAAUGAAUUUGCAGCAGAAUUCAUAGAUUUCUAUUCCCCCCCCAUAUUUUAUGAUCUUUUGUGGGAACAAACCCACACUGAGCCGUAUACAGUAAAAUCCCUAUAAUUGUUCUUGUGCCUUCUUGCUAAAUAGGCAGCUGAAAAGUAUCUUCAUAUAAAUGUGUCUGUGCCUUCCUGUAUAAAGCAUCUUAUAAUAAUGUUUUCCUCAGUAGCUCUUCUCCCAUUAGAGGUGCACUAAUUUAAGGGAAGCCGCAUCCAUAGUACUGUCCUCUCUGUAAAUGAAUAAGAUUGUAUCCUUAAGUGCAUUUCAAGGCUCUGAGGAAUUCCUUCAAGUCCAUUUUUUCCAUUCACACAAACGUCCCUAACAAUGGAAACAAGGGAAGACUUCAGUCGUGACACGUGUCCGCAGAGAUAUUAAACGUGUUUUCAUUAAUGAACAGAAUGAAAAGAGUAUUUCAAGAAUGUGUCUCACAGUGCAUCCGGAUCAUAUUUACUUUGAUGUGUCUGUUUCCUGUUUACGCUCUUCAGUCUUCAGUUGUGGUUCCUUUUUUAUUUUUUAUUUUUUAUUAUUAUUAUUAUCUCAUUCUCACCAGAUGUUUGUAAUAUCCACACUACAAAAACAACAUUAAAGGUUUCAGAUUAACGUGAGCAAGGACAGCAUUAACGUGGCAGCAUUACUGUACUCCUGCUGCACUGUGGGAAAUCACUCAGUAUUUUACCUUUCCUUAAGAAACUAUUGUUGGAAAUACCAUUGAAAAUUUAUUUUUUUAGAAAGUGAUAUCUUAAAGGAAAAGAACCUAAAAGUCUUUGGGCACAGGUUAAUCUGACCUUCUCUCUGUCCUGGCUCCUCAUUGUUCUGUUGUGGUGGAGACGUCCCUCUCCCUCCUGCAGAGGACCUCAGCGUCAGUCAAACCGUGGAGACUAAAAGGACAGCUUAUAAAUGAUGUUGGACUUUGAUACAGACAUGUCAUGACCAGAAGCCACUAUGAAAAACCUGGAGCCAAAUGUUUUCUUCACAGCGUUGUUGAUAUUUUUUAAACUAACAUGUGCCUGGACAGUUUGCCAUAUUUCUGUUGUUUGUUUCAAAAAAAAAAGAAAAAAAAUCACAACUAUUCACUUCAUUGUAAUCCACUUUUAUUUAGCCAAGUAGUUAUACUAUCCAUAUCAUAAUAUAUGUUAAACAAAUAACCAGUUAAAUGCUUUUUCAUAAAUACAUG